AUGGCGAAGCCGAUGGACCAGCUGAGGGAACCUUCGUCUGAGAGGGGAGACCUCAAUCAGAUGGUUAUGGCAGCUUCGAUUGGGUCCAACGAACCUCCAGAUGAACUCUUGGGCCUUACGAGUCGGCGUUGGAUCGACCACUUUCAGUAUUCUUGCUUCGGUGCAUGGUUGCUCGAUAUUCUUGCUUUGUUGUUCUUGCUUUGUUGCUUCGAUAUUCUUGCUUUGUUGCUUGUAAGGCUACUGAGUCGCUUCUUUGAGGAUAUUUUCUGUAAGAAUUCAUAUUAUGUUCAGGAUCUACUUCUUCCUAGUGGAACUGCGACUUAUAAAUAUGUGCAUGAGGUCAUAACACAAUUAAAUUAUCGACUUUCUCGGUGGGAUGAUAGGCUAUCUCGCAAGUUUGUUUUUUGUGCUGCUAAUGAAAUCGAGUUGAAGUUUGUGAACCGCAUGCUCUAUCUUGGGCUGAAGAAGUCCGCCACUGAAGAGCAGGUCAAUGCUAGAAAUCUUGAGCUCCAGCAACUGUUUUUCUUGGUCAAACAUGAUGUAGAGGCACAUGUAAAUGUUAAGGAAGGUCUCUCCAGGCUGCGGACAUCUUAAAUGAUGUUUACUACCAUCUCUUUGCAAUUUUUGGUAUCAUAAUUUGCUUGAGAAAGGUUUUUUUACCUGAUUUUUAUGGUGGCCUUUUUGACAUUAAUAAGCUGGUGAUGGAUGUUUGGAGAGGGAAUGAAUAAAACUUAUCCUGGCUUGUUGAUAUGGUGAGUAAGGAGGAUGCUUGUAACAUGUUUUCAUGGGCCAGGACUUUGUUAAAAAGGUUGUAGGUUUACCAUCUUCAAAAAAUAGUUAUGUGAUCUUCAUGAAAUUGUAGGUUUACCAUCUUCAAAAAGUGGUUGACAAAAUGCAAUAAAUUUUCA